AUGGCCCUCGACAGCUGCCAACUCUUACUUUUGGCGCUGCAAUCCGUGACAGAGUUACCGCCUUCUGCGAAACAGAACGAACUGUUACUCGGCAUCUAUGACUCAAUACCAGAUGGCGACCGUGGCAGCGUCAUUUCAAAAGUCCUUGACAGCUGUGAGGAAAAGGCUGCUUUGGCUCUUUGUACCGCUAUUCCUGAUGUCGUGUAUCUUGAUACUGAUAUCCUCAAGCGUACUACUUAUCUUGUAUCGCGUGCUCUUUCACAGGGCAAGGUUUCCUUUCUGGUUGUUCCCGAUGUAUUCAAUCCGGAAAGCGCAGCUCGCGAUUGUAUACUGUCCGUUGCAUACUUUGUUUUGAAGGACCCCGUGUCCAUUGCAUUGUAUUCGAAUCUCUUCUCAGUGUUUCUAGAGGACUACGCAGCCUCAGCAAACGAAGUUUCGCACAUUGCUACUAUUCACGAUCCUCUUCCUUCAAUUGGCCUGCAUCUAGCCGAGGCAGCAACCUCUGCUCUUCGAAUAUUGGAGCCAACACACCUUAUUCUGGUGCUUGCUGCCUGGUAUUCUGCCACUAGAUCAUCACUACUACCCCCUUCUGUUUGCAAUGGUCUAGAGACGCUCUAUAGACAGGUAUCAUCUGCUGAGCUAUUUGACUCUAUCGACCCCAAAAUCGCUCUGGCUAGUUGUGACUUACUCUUAGAUUUACUAUCACUAAUCUUAAAGAACGAAGGCCUGGACCACGUGGUUGGAUAUUUGAACCCGCAGAUAAAAGCAUGCAGGCAUUUGGAAUUGAUCUCUUCUUUGCUUUCUCUUGCAGGCUGUCUUUUACCAUCUCUGCUUAAAAACCAAGCUAUUGACUGCAAGCCUAUUCAUUCGCUCAUCUCUAUGUCUGCAUACAUUGUGGGCUUGGGAUCGUCAGCUGCAGUCAAGCGCAUAGCUCCUUUUCUUAAGGUUGUGUUACCAAUUUAUGGAGUUGACGCCACCUUUUCCACUGCGCUUUUGAUGCUUCUCGACUCAAUUGAGUCUGCUAGUAGUUUGCACCUUGUCAUCCCUGCCUUUCAGCGGUUUGGUCCACAGCUGUUUUCAUAUAUGAAUAGUGCCAAUGGAACUAACCAGGCUUCCUUAGAACAAUCUCCAAUCUUGCUACUUUUAUAUAAUUUUUUACACAGGGCUAUGACACUCACACUUCUUCCCAUACGGCGCUUUUAUUUGCAUAUUUUACCCUUGAUAGCAAUCGGAUUUAUAUCAACCUUUAAGGUUCCUACGACUCUUUUUAGACCUCUCUUCAUGGCUUGCAGCAUGCUCCCAGCGAUUUCAGGGGUCCAAGAGCAACGAUUUGCUCGGAGUGAUAACGCUCGUAAGAGGAUUGCUCAAGAGCGAAACCGUAGUCUUCACGUUCCAGCUGAAGAAAAAGAUCAUAUCAUCGAUCAAACCAUUUCCACCCCAUAUCAACUAUUUGGCAAUUGCGUCUUUCUCUCCCCAGAUACUGACUAUCAGGCAACUCCGUUUGAAGACAGGGAUAUAGAGGACAUUUUUCCUCUCACGGACGCUUUCAUGUCCUCUGUCUCCUCCGCUAUUGAUGAAACACUUGAGAAUAUUGCGAUCGGAUACUACGCCUUGGCUAAGAAAUACAACAACCUCUGCGUCGGCUCGCCUUUGGUGACAGAUAAUACAGUGUAUCGAGCGGUUGUCUCACAAAUGCUGUUACAAUCGGUGUCGUGUAGGCAGGAUCCUAUUAUCUCACUUUCAAAUCUCUGCGUUAUUAUUGGUGCAGCCAAUGCAUACACCUUCCCGAGCGUCCUCUUUGUUGUCAUCAAUUCUGCAGUAUCGAUUAUUGAGUCUUGUCUUUCUACUUACACAGAUGGACUAACUGCCUCGAGUAGUUCGAAUACCAUUGGUGAGUCGGACACCUACGUUGUUCCGGAUGAUCUUUCUACCAAGGCUCUAGAGUCAUUCAAGCAGCUUUAUUAUUCUGUUCUAAACGUUAAUCGCAUUCAUAGACCGUUCUUUAUGACAAUCUUAUUCAAAUUAGCACUCUCCUUGUCACAGCUGUGCAAUUUUAUGCCAUCUGAUAUCAUGACAAGCUUUAUGCAUCAAGCAUUUCAGCUCACCACCUUUCCACAGGACUCCGCUAUUCUUACCAAGUGGGUAGCGCUAGCAGAGCAAAGAAGACUAUCUACCCUUGAUUUACUCGUCACCCUCUUUCUUUGUGUCCUCUGCAAAAGACCCAUCCCCGCUCUGAAGCAACCUAUUAUAGAUAUCUUGAGUGUAGAUGAAUCGUUCUACUCACUUCUCGGUGAUGUAGAGCAUCCAUCUAUGGUAGAGCUGCUCCAGAGAGCACCAGACUACGUCGGUGAGCUUGUUAGUCUAUUGCAUAGUAACCUUUCGUGCACAGUCGUAUUGAAGGGCGCGCUUAAUAUUCUAAGAUAUGGGUACAGAACAAAGACACCGUCAGAUUCAAUGCUCGUCCUCCACUCUGACGUUUGGUCAAUGAUUGCCCCAGACAUUCCAUUCCUGUCCCCGCUUAUCAUGAAACACAUUCCUAACCCAGAUCAUCGAGGGCUAGCAUUCGCUUUGAACAACCUUUCACUGGAAACCAUUUCCUAUCAGCUUUGCUCCAACACUAAUGGAGCUAAUGCCUUUAUAGAUGUUGUACGCAGUCUUAUGGAUGAUUGGGAAGCUUUUUCAGAAACGCAUACGGCUUCCUUCUUUGGUAUGCUAAGUGACAUAUGCUUGGUUUGCACGAGAACUAUGCAUCGAUUGCGCAAUGAUAAGACACUGGUAGAGCGCUUGGAGCAGCUCAUUUGCGAAGUCUGUGAGACAGUAUUUCAGACUGCGAACAACGAGGUAAGUGGGUGUGCAAAGGGUAUGUACUUUCACUUGGUCUCUAAAGUACUUUUCAGCGAACAUGUUAUUGAUGCACUCUGGCUACUGCACAUCUCGAACUCCGUACACUAUCCUCGACUGCUGCUAGUGGUUAAACGGUUCUUCACAGGUGUAUACCUGUUUAGUUCGUUGAGCCCGGUGUAUUCAGCGUCGAUACUAACACCCUUGGUUUCUAGCAUACAUUCCUUAAUAUUUAACCGUGCUGAUACAUUGGUUAGAAGUUGCUUUGUCAAGACAGAGCUACUGGAUAUGAUUCUGUGCUUAGCUCUAUAUAUACCAUAUGAUGGCACGUACUAUGAAGUAGAAGAUGCUUCCUCUAUCGUUGUCCAAACAGGAUUGAUACGCUAUUAUGAACAGGUUGAUAAAUCUGAGUGUGUCUCGGACACCUCAUUUUUUGCUGAUUAUAGAGUACGAAAAGCAGCAAUCGGGCUUCUCCAGACGCUGGCAUGCCAUACUUCACCCAUUGGGCUGAUACUUUCGCUUUUAACGAAGAACAUGGAACCAUCCAAAGAGGCCUUGGACGACCGCAGAAACAACCUUUUGAAAGAAAAGCCAUUAGACAUUAGAAAGGGCAGGGGGCAGAUUGAUGUGUCAGGAUUGCCAGAUUGCAUGUUCAACGAUGUGUACACGCUCCUGUUUAUCCCUCUUCUUGAACCACAAAGGGAGCUUUCAAUGCUUUCAUCUGUAUCACAGUUAAAGCACGUGACGCUCCUACGCAUACUUAGAAUGCUUGCAAGCAUAACGUACCACAACAAACCAUACAACAUACAGAACUCUGAAUCAGCGGAAACCACUCUAUCUAAUGCAAUCUUGAUGCUCAGUGAACGGCUAUCACUACCGUGUUGGGCACGGCGCUCCCGUGAGAUCUGGGAACAAGUACUUGUGCUAUUGAUCGUAUCGUCAUCACGCCCGUUGCUCACUAUACAACGGGCAUUUCCUCUCCUAUCAUCGCGGAAGGCUUUUACCGAUAAAUUCACACACCUACAGUCCCACUUAAUUGUUACAUGCAACACCAUAUGUAUAGUGCUAGAUAAGUGGAUAACAUGUGCGCUGGAGCAAGCUAGCAAUGUAUGUCAUGAUAAGUUUACCAACAUCCCAGAUUACCAUGCCUAUCAAAUGUGCCUCCGAGAACUUGUGCCCUACGCCCUAAGCCCUGUCCAUAGCCUGCGUGUAAUAGCCCAGUCCUUUUUCUUGCGAAUGUGGAGUAAGGGGAAACUCCUGACAGAAGCCAUGCGUGCCAAUAAUGUGCCCGGUCACUCAUUCAUUAACAAGGCUCUUUUGGCUGUCAGUGUCUCGUCUUCCCUACUAGACAUUUUCAAAAUGUUCCUGGAGUCUACAGAGGUAGCCAAGAAGUAUGCUUCUUUGCUGGAUUUAUUAGAUCCACGCACUGAGGCACUAUGUAUGACAUCCGCAGCGGCGUAUGUUGAUACGUCUUAUCCUACACCAAAUGUUUCUGCUGUUGCUGGAAACGUCGUCACAACUCUAGACAAAGCUGCGUCCGAAGACACCAAUUACAAGAAGAUGAUAACCUACGCACUAGCGUCGCUAGACUUAGGCCCACAAGGUCAUGAACAAUUGGAGGAUCACACCAAGCAUGAAGCUAUGUGGACAGAGUCUUAUAAGCCUUGUGAUGUGCCGCAUGAGGGCAACUGCCAGCAAAAAAUACACUCUGCUAAGAAAGAUGGGCACAAAUUAGUUGACCAAUCCAGCAACUUAAAAUCCAGCAACUUAAUAAUUAACGCAUCACUACUUGACAAGACUACUAACUUAGGAGGACUGGCCCGCACAGCAGAGGUGUUUGGUCUGGACACCCUUGUAUUGGGUAACACAUCUUUUGCACUUGAUCCUUCGUUCAAAGCCAUGAGCAUGACGGCUGAUAUGUGGCUUAACAUUGAAGAAGUUCAACCAUGCAAUCUUGUGCAGUGGAUUGCUGAGAAGAAAAAAGACGACUACAGUGUGGUAUGCCUUGAACAAAGCAGCAGAUCUGUGUACCUGCAGGAUGCAGAUUUGCCACGAAAAGCUGUCCUAGUCCUGGGAAAUGAGAGAAAAGGAUGUCCAGAAGAAAUCCUGAGUCUCUGUGAUAUGACUGUGGAAAUCCAGCAACUAGGGAAUAUUCGAUCCCUAAAUGUGCACGUGAGCUGUGCAAUCUUCGUUUGGAAAUGGGCUUGUCAGCAUAGAUUUUCUACCGCGGAUUAA